AUGAGUUUAUUUUACACAGCGUAUAUUAUUUUGUAUGUGAUACAGUUACUCUCUAUAUCGUUUGCAUCAGCAGAUAACAACAGAAACAGAUUUGAAAAGCAGACAUAUCAAAGAAUAAUUUCGAGUAAUACAACAUUAUCUAUAGAGAUCAUACCAUCAUCGGUUGAAUGUGCGUGUGUGUGUUCUAUGGUAAAACAGUGUUGUUCUACAAGCUAUGAAACGGCAUCUGGACGUUGCAUUUUAGAUACCCGCGCUAAACCAGAAACAGAAACAACUGACAAUUCAAACAUAAUGGUGAAGAUUCCAGAUCAAAGUAACCUUCAACCAAGAGACUGCAGUGACCUUCCACCUUGCACGAGGAGCGGAGUAUUUGAAAUAUACCCAGAUGUCACUAACAAGAUAGAUGUAUACUGUGAUAUGGAUACUAAUGGCGGUGGAUGGACGAUCAUACAACGACGUGUCAACAGUUCCGUUAAUUUCUACAGAUUCUGGAGUGACUACAAGUAUGGCUUUGGAAGUGUUUUUGAAAACCACUGGCUUGGUAACGACAAUUUACAUAUGUUAACGACAUCAAGAAAAUAUGUCGUGAGAUUUGAAGUGCAUGACUUCAAUAACGAUACUGCUUACGCAGAGUAUCAAUCAUUUAAAGUCGAGAAUGAGGCGUCACGAUACAGGGUUACAUUCUCUGGAUACACAGGCACUGCUGGGAAUGGAUUUGAAGGUAAUAAUGGAAUGCAAUUUACUACACGAGAUCGUGACAACGACCUUCACAAGCAUCAUUGUGGGAAAGGACAGCAAGGUGCUUGGUGGUACAAUAAAUGCGGAAAAUCUAGUUUAAAUGGCAUGUUCAAACCAGAGGGAACCUCUCUUGCCAAGAUGAUAUAUUGGAAAACUUGGAGAUCAACUACAUUAAAAGCUACCGAAAUGAAAAUAAGACCUAUCAAUUAG